GGAAGUGCAACAGCGCAAGGCAGAAGAGGAGGACGCGCAGAGGGACAACGUGGACCAAGAUUCCGUGUGUAUGCGUGCGCCGGGAGCCCGGUGUCCAUAUAUAUAUAAAACGGUCAUCAAUAGGCUGGCCGCAUUACAGUUCAAUUUCAAACGCGCUUUCGAGUCAAUGUCACGGACGUCGGCACGUCCACGGUGUGCGCGACACAUUUCCAUUCGGGCCAAUCGCCGAUCGGGUGAGGGCAGUGUGACACAAGUGGAUUUUUGUGGGUGAAUUACUAACGGAAACACAGCAAAUAUUUUAAUGCUUAAGUGAUUUCAAACGGUGAGGUGAAAAUAGAAGGUUAAAAGGUGCAAGUGAGCAGUAAGGUGACGAAACCGUCACAAUGAUGCGGCCAAUUUGUGUGCUCCUAGCAGCUCUGUGCGUGUCGGUAGCUGUGGCAAAUGUUGCUGAUGAAAAUGUGCCAAAAGUAAACGAUGACACAGAAGUGAUUGAAGCUGAACAAGCGGCACCUCGACAGCCCCGCCAGGUGUGGCUCAACGCUCACGUGCCCCAUGCCGACUGGAAGCAAGCGCUCGGUGACGGCAGUCCCUGUCUGACCGCGAAAGGACACCUCGGCUUCUGCACCUCGUUCCGCAAAUGCUACCCCUACUUCAAGGUACCCGACCUAAGCGUCUGGGAAUCGUGGGUACUCGGCAACUACGACACCUGCAGCUACUUCAACGAACAGGGCCGCCAAGCGUUCGGUGUCUGCUGUACCAAUCCCAUCACACCACUGCCGAUCGAUUCCAAUCCGGUCAUAGAAGCCGUCCCGGGAAUAAUGCUGCCCCCGUUAAAUGCUGGCGGCACCGGUCAGAGUGAGCCGAACAAACCGCCCAACAAGAACAACAACUAUCCGAGCUGGCCACCACCAAUCCCAACCCAUCCACCAGACCAUACGCCCGCCACUCAUCCACCGUCGUUCGGGGGACUCGCACCACCAACCACCGUAGCCUCCGUCGGUCCCGUGGUGUCGGAACCAACGCAACGACCUACGACAACGUGGCCAACACGACCCCGUCCACCACAGGUUCCGAAUCAACCGACACCGGCACCGGCCCCCGGACAACCGAUCGGUGUUUGGCCGCCGCCCGUUCCGACCCAUCCACCGCUAGAAAUCUCCACCCUGCCACCCUCAUCGUCUGGCGUGGUCACUGGUGAUUCGUCCAACGUUGGUUGUGGUGUGAAAAAUGGCAAUCCGGACACGGAACGAAUUGUUGGUGGCCAUAAUGCCGAUCCGAACGAGUGGCCCUGGAUAGCGGCACUCUUCAACAAUGGGCGACAGUUUUGUGGUGGCUCGCUGAUCGAUAGUAUUCACAUCCUAACGGCGGCCCAUUGCGUUGCCCAUAUGAGCUCCUACGACGUGGCACGUCUGUCAGUGAAGCUCGGCGAUCACAACAUCCGAUCGAACACGGAGGUACAGCACGUGGAACGACGCGUCAAGCGACUGGUCCGUCAUCGAGGAUUCGAUUCGCGUACUUUGUACAACGAUGUGGCAGUCCUGACGAUGGAUCAACCGGUUCCAUUCACGAAGCAGGUACGACCGAUCUGUCUGCCGGCAGCGGACAACACCCGCGCUUACAACGGUCAAACGGCAACCGUUAUCGGUUGGGGAAGCUUGAGAGAAAAUGGACCACAGCCAGCGAUCCUUCAGGAGGUGAAUCUACCGAUCUGGACGAACAACGAGUGUCGCAUCAAGUACGGGCCAGCGGCGCCGGGUGGUAUUAUCGACACGAUGCUUUGCGCUGGCCAAGCGGCGAAGGAUUCGUGCAGUGGUGACUCGGGCGGUCCACUGAUGGUGAACGAUGGCAGGUGGACGCAGGUCGGUGUCGUUUCCUGGGGUAUCGGUUGCGGUAAGGGACAGUAUCCGGGCGUGUACACGCGUGUCACUGCGUUCCUGCCGUGGAUAAAGAAAAACAUCAUGGACGCCUAGCGCCUCCGAAACACACGAAACAAACAAAAACCCGCAACACAAUUGCCAUUCAUAGAAGUGCCUCCACUUUCCUUGAACGCUUUCUCCUACUGACCAUUGCCACUGGCCACUUUGUAUUACAAAAUAAACAGUGACUGAACGAAU